GCUAGCCGGCUGGGCUAGUGUGAGCCAGUGCGUGAGGGCGCGGGGGGCCGUGUCAGCGCGACGCAGAGCGCAGCCGCCACCACCAAACGGACAUGUUGGAGCCCCGCGCUGCCGCUGCCUCCCAGCUCUCCUCCAGCUCACAGAACUGAGCAGGGGCCCGCCGCCUCUGUCUGCGCUCGACCGGCCCAGCCUCGCCGCCUCGGCCGCAGCCCCUUCCUGCUCGGCCUUCGCCGCUUGUCGCCUCCCGUCCUCCUCCCCCCCACGCCCUAGGGCCCUGCCGGCUCCCGGCCCUACUCAGCCGCGGCGCGAGGUCUAUGUGACCGGCGGGCCCGGAGCAGCCGCCGCCGCAACGCGAACAUGGACGCCGUCAACGCCUUCAACCAGGAGCUCUUCUCACUUAUGGAUAUGAAACCACCCAUCUCUAGAGCCAAGAUGAUUCUUAUUACUAAAGCUGCUAUUAAAGCUAUUAAGCUUUAUAAGCAUGUUGUUCAAAUAGUAGAAAAGUUCAUCAAAAAGUGUAAGCCAGAGUACAAGGUUCCAGGCCUGUAUGUCAUUGACUCCAUCGUGAGACAGUCUCGGCACCAGUUUGGAACUGAUAAAGAUGUUUUUGGGCCAAGAUUCUCUAAGAAUAUAACUGCUACAUUCCAGUAUUUAUAUCUUUGUCCAUCUGAAGAUAAGAGUAAAAUAGUUCGUGUGCUAAAUCUUUGGCAAAAAAACGGAGUGUUCAAAAUUGAAAUCAUUCAGCCGCUUUUGGACAUGGCAGCAGGAACCAGCAAUGCUGCUCCAGGAGCAGAAAAUGUCACCAACAAUGAAGGCUCACCUCCACCCCCAGUAAAAGUCUCUUCUGAACUUCCACAAGCUCCCACAAACUCCAUGCCUGCUGUCCCACAGCUGCCCAGCUCCGAUGCCUUUGCUGCCGUGGCUCAACUGUUUCAGACAACUCAAGGCCAGCAGCUUCAGCAGAUCCUUCAGACUUUUCAACAACCUCCAAAACCACAGUCUCCCGCCCUUGACAGUGCUGUGAUGGCUCAGGUUCAGGCUAUCACAGCUCAGUUAAAGACAGCUCCUACACAACCACCUGAGCAAAAAACUGCAUUUGACAAGAAGCUGCUUGACAGAUUUGAUUAUGAUGAUGAGCCAGAAGCUGUGGAAGACUCGAAGAAAGAGGAUGCUGUCGCCGUUGCCACCACAGCCCUUGCCACGGCUGCACCUCCUGUGCCCGCUGCAGCCACACCUGCUGUUGCUCCUGCUGUGCCUGCGUCCUCUGCUACCUCUCCCCCUCCUCCACAGGCGCCAUUUGGGUACCCUGGAGACGGCAUGCAGCAGCCAGCGUACACACAGCAUCAAAAUGUGGACCAGUUUCAACCUCGAAUGAUGGCACUGCAGCAGGAUAGCAUGCAGCAUCAGGUCCCACUUCCUCCUAACGGACAGAUGCCAGGAUUUGGGCUUCUCUCUGCACCACCUCCAUUUCCUCCCAUGCCUCAGCCCGGGAUGCCCCAGCCCGGGAUGCCUCAGCCCGGGAUGCCUCAGCCUGGGUUGUCUCAGCCUGGGUUGCCCCAGCCCGGGAUGCCUCAGCCCGGGAUGCCUCAGCCCGGGAUGCCCCAGCCCGGGAUGCCCCAGCCUGGGUUGCCUCAGCCUGGGUUGCCCCAGCCCGGGAUGCCUCAGCCCGGGAUGCCCCAGCCCGGGAUGCCCCAGCCCGGGAUGCCCCAGCCUGGAAUGCCUCCAACUCCACCAGUACAGCCAACUUUCCAACCUACUUUUCAACCACAAAAUGAACCCCAUUCACAAAAGCCACAUCAGCAGGAAAUGGAAGUAGAGCAGCCUUGUGUCACAGAGGUUAAGCGGCAUGUGCCUGAGAGCAGAAAGUCGAGAUCCAGGUCACCAAAAAGAAGAAGAUCUAGGUCUGGCUCUAGGUCUCGGAGAUCCCGCCACCGUCGGUCUCGGUCCCGGUCCAGGGAUAGGCGCCGGCACUCGCCUCGCUCUCGCUCUCAAGAAAGACGGGAUCGAGAAAAAGAGAGGGAGCGGCGGCAGAAAGGCCUCCCUCAGAUCAAGUCAGAGACUGCAAGUGUUUGCAGCACCACACUGUGGGUGGGACAGCUGGACAAAAGGACUACUCAGCAGGAUGUUGCCAGUCUCUUAGAAGAGUUUGGUCCAAUUGAAUCAAUUAACAUGAUUCCUCCCAGGGGCUGCGCCUACAUAGUUAUGGUUCAUAGGCAAGACGCAUACCGUGCCCUGCAGAAACUGAGCCGAGGAAACUAUAAAGUGAACCAGAAAUCCAUAAAGAUUGCCUGGGCCUUAAACAAAGGAAUAAAGGCGGAUUUUAAACAGUAUUGGGAUGUUGAACUUGGUGUUACUUACAUUCCAUGGGACAAAGUCAAAGCUGAGGAGCUGGAGAGUUUCUGUGAAGGAGGCAUGUUGGACAGUGACACACUUAACCCAGAUUGGAAAGGCAUCCCCAAAAAGCCUGAAAAUGAAGUUGCCCAAAAUGGAGGUGCAGAAGCCUCCCACACAGAGCCAGUGUCCCCCAUCCCUAAGCCUGUGCCCGUGCCUGUGCCUGCCCUUCCUGUUCCUGCGCCUAUAACAGUACCACCUCCACAGGUCCCACCGCAUCAGCCGGGCCCUCCUGUCGUUGGUGCUCUCCAGCCGCCUGCUUUCACUCCUCCCUUAGGGAUCCCCCCUCCAGGCUUUGGCCCUGGUGUUCCUCCUCCUCCUCCUCCUCCACCACCAUUUUUGCGUCCAGGAUUCAACCCAAUGCAUUUACCACCAGGUUUUCUUCCUCCUGGACCCCCACCUCCUAUAACUCCACCAGUAUCCAUUCCUCCACCUCACACUCCACCAAUAAGCAUCCCAAACUUGGUGUCUGGGGCUAGAGGAAAUGCCGAGUCUGCUGACAGUGCGAAAAUGUAUGGUUCUGCUGGGCCACCUGCUGCACCCACGAGUCUGCCCACCCCUCCUGUAACCCAGCCUGUUUCACUGCUUGGCACUCAAGGAGUUGCACCUGGUCCUGUGAUUGGGCUCCAGGCACCCUCUACCGGUCUUCUCGGUGCCAGACCCGGCCUGAUCCCACUCCAGCGCCCCCCAGGAAUGCCUCCACCACACUUGCAACGGUUCCCUAUGAUGCCACCUCGGCCCAUGCCACCUCACAUGAUGCACAGGGGUCCGCCACCAGGACCAGGGGGCUUUGCUAUGCCUCCACCUCAUGGAAUGAAAGGGCCUUUCCCACCACAUGGCCCCUUUGUUAGGCCUGGUGGAAUGCCAGGGCUUGGGGGCCCAGGCCCAGGCCCAGGAGGAUCAGAAGACAGAGAUGGAAGGCAACAGCAACCGCAGCAGCAGCAGCAGCAACAGCAGCAGCAGCAGCAGCAGCAGCAGCAGCAGCAGCAGCAACCACCACCACAGCAGUCACAGACACAGCAGCAGCCAGCGCCAUCCCAGCAGCCAGCGCCAGCUCAGCAGCAGCCACAGCAGUUUAGAAAUGAUAACAGGCAGCAGUUCAACUCAGGUAGAGACCAAGAAAGGUUUGGAAGAAGAUCUUUUGGAAGUAGGGUGGAAAAUGACCGGGAGCGGUAUGGGAGCCGUAGUGAUGAGAGAGAUAAUAGCAACCGUGAAAGGAGAGAGUGGGGAAGGAGGAGCCCUGAGCGGGACAGACACAGAGACUUGGAAGAGAGAAGUAGACGCUCUAGUGGGCAUCGGGACAGAGACAGGGAUUCUAGAGAUAGAGAGUCCCGUAGAGAGAAGGAAGAAAGUAGAGGAAAGGAGAAGCACGAGGUGGCAGACAGGGCAGGUGGUAACAAAGCUGUCGAAGCUCCCCUUAGCCAAGUGGGAAACACAGACACUGUUUCAGAACUUAAUAAGGGGGAGGCCAUGGCCACAGUGGUAAAACCUGAAGAGUCACCUGCUGAGGCUACCUCAUCCGUUGAACCUGAGAAGGAUUCUGGCUCAGCAGCAGAGGCUCCUCGCUAGAGACUGGAUUUGACAGAAUGUGACAGUGACACUUGGGUGUAGAACGUGAGGUGUACAGAUGCUGUAUAAUAUUCGCUCCUGCUACAUCACUCCACAGUAGUUGGUGGGGAUUGUGAGCAAUUUGAUUGCUUUCCUUCUAUUUAAAAAUAGCCACAAAAUAACAAAAAAUACUGAAGAUAUAUUACCCCUUUUUUUGCUGUAACUUUUUAAAAGUUUUGACUUUUAAAAGUUUACAAAUCCUAAUUAGAAGUGCUCUCUAUUUUUUUUUUUUAAUUUAAGAAAAGGUAACGGUGAAAAGCUCCUCAAACAAUAGGGAUGUUUUUAAUAAACUCUAUUUUCGUAAC